UUAAUCUCUCUCUCUCUCUCUCUCUCUCUCUGUGUCUUUGCUGCGCCUGUGCAUCCAUGAUUUGUUAAAAAGUUAGCAUCUUUAUGCUACAUUCUUAGAAAUUUUCUCUGUAAAGAUGAAGAAAAGAAGGAAUCACCAGAUUUUGCUGCUGUUACUUGUUGGGUUUUCUGCAAUCUUCAUUGGUGCCGAGUCUCAAACAAGCUCAAGUGUUGAUGCUGCUGCUAUGCUUGCUCUCAAGAAGAGUCUCAACGAGCCAGAGGGGUGGUCUGACUCGGACCCCUGUCUGUGGAAGCACGUUGGCUGCCAGGACAAUCGGGUCACCCGAAUACAAAUAGGGAACCAGAACCUACAAGGUACACUCCCUCCAGAUCUUCAAAAUCUCACUCAACUAGAGCGAUUAGAGGUUCAGGGGAACAACUUAUCUGGUUCUGUACCUAGUUUAAGUGGGUUAAGUUCACUGAAAGUGGUUAUGCUAAGUAACAAUCAAUUUUCUUCGUUUCCCAGCGAUUUCUUCACUGGAAUGUCUUUUCUGCAGUCUGUGGAGAUUGACAACAACCCAUUUUCUUCCUGGGAAAUCCCAGAAAGCAUUAGAAAUGCUUCUGCUUUGCAGAAUUUCUCUGCAAAUUCAGCCAACGUAUCUGGGAAAAUUCCGGACUUUCUUGGGCCGGAUGUCUUUCCGAGUUUAAACAUAUUGCAUUUGGCCUUCAAUAGACUUGAGGGUGGGCUGCCAUCGAGCUUUUCUGGUUCUCCGAUAGUGUCACUGUGGGUUAACGGGCAGACUAGUAAACUCAGUGGGAGAAUUGAUGUUGUGCAGAAUAUGACAUCUUUGAAGGAGAUAUGGUUGCAUUCAAAUGGGUUUACGGGUCCUUUGCCAGACUUCUCGGGUUUGAAAGAUUUGGUGACCUUGAGUUUGAGGGAUAAUUCCUUCACUGGCCCUUUUCCUAUUUCUUUGGUUCAUGUCGGAUCUUUGAAGGCUGUGAAUUUAACUAAUAAUUUGUUGCAAGGGCCAAUGCCUGAUUUUGGCCCGUCAGUGUCUGCCGAUACGAAAGUGGGUUUAAAUAGCUUUUGUUUGCCAGUUCCUGGUGAUUGUGAUUCUAGGGUGAAUACAUUGCUUUCGAUUGUGAAAUCGUUUGGUUAUCCUCAAAAGUUUGCGGAGAAUUGGAAGGGAAAUGAUCCAUGUGCAGAUUGGAUCGGGAUCACUUGUAGCGGUGGAAACAUUACUGUUGUUAAUUUUCUAAAGAUGGGCAUUGUGGGUACAAUAUCUCCUGAAUUUGCUUCACUUAAAUCAUUGCAAAGAUUGAUUCUUGGUGAUAAUAAUCUCACUGGUUCCAUCCCGGAGGAACUUACCACUCUGCCCGCACUUAAAGAUCUUGAUUUGUCGAACAAUCAGAUUUAUGGGAAAAUCCCACCUUUUAGGAGCAAUGUGAUUGUGAAUACUGAUGGAAACGUGGACAUAGGGAAGGAUAGGAGCACCCCUCCACCUCCAGGUACACCUAAUAACCCUGAUUCAGGAAAUACGCCUGUCAAUGGUGGCAAGAAGUCUUCAGGUUCAGUUGGUGUGAUCGUGUUUUCUGUUAUUGGUGGAGUGUUUUUCAUUUUCUUAAUUAGUUUGUUGGUCUUCUGUCUGUAUAAAAAGAAACAAAAGCGGUUCAGCAGAGUACAGAGCCCGAAUGCGAUGGUGAUUCAUCCACGUAACUCUGGGUCUGAUAAUGAAAGUGUUAAAAUUACAGUUGCUGGCUCAAGUGUCAGUGUUGGUGCGAUUAGUGACACCCAUACUAUUCCAAGCAGUGAUCAAGGUGACAUACAAAUGGUAGAGGCAGGUAACAUGGUCAUUUCCAUUCAAGUCUUAAGGAAUGUGACCAACAACUUCAGUGAGGAAAAUAUAUUGGGACGAGGGGGUUUCGGAGUGGUCUACAAAGGUGAACUGCAUGAUGGUACGAAGAUAGCGGUGAAGAGAAUGGAGUCUGGGGUAAUAACUGCAAAGGGGUUGGCUGAAUUCAAGUCAGAGAUUGCUGUCUUGACUAAGGUUCGGCACCGGCAUCUUGUUGCACUUCUUGGGUACUGCUUGGAUGGGAAUGAAAGGCUUCUUGUUUACGAAUAUAUGCCUCAAGGGACACUAAGCAUGCAUCUCUUUAGCUGGGUGGAAGAGGGAUUGAAACCCCUAGAGUGGACAAAAAGGUUGACUUUGGCCUUGGAUGUAGCAAGGGGUGUUGAGUAUCUUCAUGGGCUGGCACACCAAAGCUUUAUUCAUAGGGACUUAAAGCCUUCAAACAUUCUUCUUGGGGAUGAUAUGAGGGCUAAGGUUGCAGAUUUUGGUCUUGUGCGACUUGCUCCAGAAGACAAAAACUCAAUCGAAACGAGAAUAGCUGGAACAUUUGGAUACUUGGCACCAGAAUAUGCAGUUACUGGCAGAGUGACAACUAAAGUUGAUGUAUAUAGCUUCGGGGUGAUAUUGAUGGAGCUAAUCACGGGAAGAAGAGCUCUUGACGAGUCCCAGCCUGAGGAGAGCAUGCACCUUGUAACAUGGUUCAAAAGAAUGCUCAUCAACAAAGAUACAUUCCCCAAGGCCAUUGACCCGACAGUUGAUGUCAACGAAGAGACACUUGUGAGUAUCAGCACCAUUGCUGAGUUGGCAGGCCACUGCUGCGCUAGGGAGCCAUAUCAAAGGCCUGACAUGGGUCAUAUCGUCAAUGUGCUAUCUUCUCUAGUGGAGCUUUGGAAACCGACGGACCAAAACACGGAAGACAUAUAUGGCAUUGACCUAGACGUGUCAUUGCCGCAAGCACUGAAGAAGUGGCAAGCUUAUGAUGGUAGAAGUGGCAUGGAGUCUUCCUCUUCUGCGCUCCUUCCGAGCUUAGACAAUACUCAGACAAGCAUACCGACACGGCCAUUUGGAUUUGCCGAGUCAUUCGCAUCCACAGAUGGACGAUGAGUACGCAGGUCUUGUAUAUGAUGGUGAUGCUGCUUCUGAAUGUUCAUCCUAUUUUACUUCUUUUGGGUUUGUUUUCUUUGUCAGACUGUCUUGACCCAACAAUUGCUCCCUCCUUUGUCUCACUAUUUGAAACUUAGUUUGAGCUUUGUUAUUAACUUAAUUUUCUUGGAAAUGCAUGCUAGAUGAGAUUCUGAAGAGAAAGUAAAAAAGGUUUGACGUGCA